CAGAGUCAACUGUUCAUUUUAUUUCAAAAUUGGAGCUUGUCGUCAUGGAGACAGAUGUUCUCGGUUGCACAACAAACCAACAUUUAGCCAGGAAGCGAUGCUGUUGUAAGCUUGCCUGUAGUAGAGACCAACCAGUGCUAACUUUCAGACCAUCUUGAUUCAAAACAUCUAUCGUAACCCCCAAAACAGUGCACAGACGGCUGACGGCUCACACUACCAUUGCCCUCUUGAACAUUUACCGUAACCCUCAAAACUCUUCCCAGUCUGCUGACGGUUUGCGCUGUGCUGUGAGCGAUGUUGAGAUGCAGGAACAUUAUGAUGAAUUCUUUGAGGAGGUCUUCACAGAAAUGGAAGAAAAAUAUGGUGAAGUUGAGGAGAUGAAUGUUUGUGAUAACCUUGGAGAUCAUCUAGUUGGAAAUGUAUACGUAAAGUUUCGCCGUGAAGAAGAUGCGGAAAAGGCUGUGAUUGACCUGAACAAUCGCUGGUUUAAUGGACAGCCCAUUCAUGCUGAGCUUUCACCUGUGACUGACUUCAGAGAGGCCUGUUGCCGUCAAUAUGAAAUGGGAGAGUGUACACGAGGAGGUUUCUGCAACUUUAUGCAUUUGAAGCCCAUUUCUCGAGAGUUAAGACGUGAGUUGUAUGGGCGGCGUCGUAAAAAGCAUAGAUCCAGGUCGAGGUCCCGUGAACGUCGGUCUAGAUCCAGAGAUCGUGGUCGUGGAGGUGGUGGUGGAGGAGGAGGAGGACGUGAACGUGAUAGGAGGCGGUCAAGAGAUCGUGAAAGAUCUGGUCGAUUCUGAGCCAUGCCAUUUUUACUGUAUGUCUGCUAGAAAGUGUUGUAGUUUGACCAAACAAGUUCAUAAUGAGAUUUUUUUUAAAGAUGGGCUUCUGAAUAAAAAAUUUGUAGUGAUACAGUAUUCUUUGUGUAACUUGUUUCUUGUGGGGGGAGUCUUUUUAACUGUCAUUCCUCUUAUCUUGACAAAUACCUGGAUUAACUAUGCCUGAGGGAAAGGUGGUAAAUGUAUUGGAGGAGCGCCAGUUUUGGUUUUGUUUUUUUUUUAUUCGGGUAUAAUUUGAACUGUUGAUGAAAAUGUGUGUGUAUAUAAUAUAAAAUAUUAUAUACAUAAUAAAAAUAAUAUACUGCUUAAGAAACAGUUACUCACAUAAGUUUCCCUUUUCUGCUAUGCUGUCUGCUUAUUUAGGUUAGUUUAGGCACAUUAAAAGGAAGGCUGUGCAAAAUGCAUUUAUUUACCAAGUAGAAACGCUUAGUUACAAAAAUGUAUGUUUGUUUGUUACCAGAAGUCUGUGCUCUGUCUAUCAAUGUGACUGUGGCAUUUACAAUAAAUCCAAUUUCUUGGUGUAAAAUCUAAAGCCUAUUUUCUAAGCACUCUGGAGUAGUUGAGUUACUACUCCUGGCUGUGCCAGAGUUCAUAGUUCAGGUUUUUUUAUGACUCCUGACUAAAUUCCUUGUCUUUGGCCGGAAAGAAAGUUUCCUAGUGCAGUGUCAAAAAAAGUAGUAUUUUUAUUGGAAUGAUUCAUAACAGGCAGGUGAGGUUUUUAAAAACGCUCAUGCUCCAUGCAAUAUGAUACAUAGGAUCUAUUGAAGGAAAUACUAGGUCCUAAAUACAAGGACCAAAUUUCUUAAGAGACUGACUUUUUUUUUUUUACUCUAUGUUCUCUUACCCGUCAUUUAAUGAAAAGCAUUUUGUUAGCAUUCAAGGUCAUAGGAAACUAAUUGGAUGCUAGUGUAAAAUAUUUUUUUUGCCUUUACUCACUUUCUGAUGGUCUGAAAUGCAAUAAAAGCUAAUGGAUAGAUGGCAGUUUCUUCACAAAUAAGACAUUUUUCUGUCUGAAUUUUAACUGAGUUGUACAACAGCUAUAUAUUGGAGGUUGUGUAUCUCUUAAGGAGUUAAAGCUCUAAGUGAAAUGUUGCUGGAACAUCUUGAGACAAUUUGUACAGCAGCUGACUUGCAAUUUAGCUUCAUGUCUACUUUUAUUCAAAGUGUAGUGUACUAAGAAAUUUUUGUCAGUGGUCACAUUUCUGCAAGGUACAACUUUAUGGACAUGAAGCUAUGUAAUACAAUAUAGCUUUCCAAUGGGGGAGAGAACUUAACUAGUGCUUUUUUAGUUCUAAGUCAGAUAACUUGCUUAAUGAUAAAUCUGCUCCCUGAUUUAAAAAAAAGAAAAGAAAGGAUACAGAAGUGUCACACAGCCAGAUUAACAAACCA